GGUACAAAUUUGGCGCGAACGGUAUUUUUGAAGCUGAAAUUGAUUGACGAUGGCUUCGCCCCAAGGUGACGACGUGGUGGACGUGACGAUGGAGGGCGAACGCAGCGAAGAAGAAGAGAAAGAGGAGGAGAACAGUGAAGAGGAAAAUGGAGAAGAGGCAGAGGAGCAGGACGUUGUGGAGCUGGACUCAGACGAGGAACAACAUCAAGAAGAAGAACACAAACAGGAGGAGAGUGAGGACGAAGUGCAGUUUGUGGGUAGCGUAGAGGCGACAAGUGACCACGAUGGGGCAGGGAAUGAUGGAGUAGAGAAGCAGGAGGAGGACGUGGUGAUCGUGGACAGCGGCGAGUCUUCAAACGGUCAGUCUACAAAUGACGAGCGAUCGAGAGCCAACACAGACGCCGUCAUGGCAGCCAAUGGAUACGUAACACCAGCCACACUGGAAGCAGAGCUCCAGUGCAUCAUCUGCCAGUAUUCCAUGUUCAAGGUGAGGAAUUUAUUCGAGUUGGAGAAGAUUUUGAGAUACUAACGCUAAGAUUCUUGCUCUGUUUUGUAGCCAGUAUCCGCGAUCUGCGGCCACUCGUUCUGCCGUGUGUGUCUUAUGGACUCGUUCUUAACGCGUUCGAUCGAGGAGGCACAGUGCCCGAUCUGCCGCGUUGAUAUCCUGCAGCCAUUCUCGACAAAAAGAUCAUUAGCGUCGAUAUUUUCCGUCAACGUCACGCUGUGGAAUCUUGUUCAACUGCUUAUUCCGUCGGUUGCUGAGCGAGUUUCUACGUACCAAGAGGAGGAAGAACAGGAAUUCAAACAAAAACUCGAUCAACUGGACGCCAAGUGGAGAGUAUUUAAUCUCAGUGAACAAGCAGCGAGAUACCAUGGAGAUCACGAAGAGGAAGAUACGGAACCUGCCCGAUGGGAAGACGAUCAUGAAGGACAUGACGAGUAUCCAGUGGUGAAAGUUGAGAAUACUCAGGAAGGGAGCUUGAGCGUUUUGCGGAAUAUUGUGCUGGACACGAACGAUGAGAACGAAGAUGGUUAUGUGAAUAUGCGUGUGGGCUUCGCUAUUGUGGAAUUUCCAAGCAUUUUUGAACUGUACAAUGAGCACCAGGAGUGCUCCGUGAACGUUAUCAAGAUGGAGGAGGACGAGGAGAUGGCUGACGGGAUGCCAUUCUUCAUGAAUGAAGACGGAGAUGACGAUGGCUUUGUCUGCGGUUCGUACUACAACGAAAUCAGCCUCCGCGUCUGUGAUGAAGCGGGUAACUGCGUGAUGGAGAGAACCCGUGGCGCUCAAGGAGGGGUGGUGAGCUUUCCAGGAUUGCGUCUUGAUGUUCCGGGCGGUAUGUACACUUUCCGCUUUUCGGACGAUCUUUAUGGGCUGAAGCUCAGUAUAACCACGCGAUUACGCGAGCCACACGAGAUCUCAGAUACCCCUGUAGCCGACUAUGUGGGUCUCAUCAACGAUGAGGCAAGAGACGCUAGUCGUCGUAAUCGAAGGAGAGAUCAUGACAGCGACAAUGAAGACGAUUACGACGAAGGGAACGAGUCGGAUGAUUCGUUCAUUGUGGACGAUAUGAAUGUACGCAAUGAGCAACCUGUCGGUCGCUUUUCUGAUGAGGAGGGUGAAGAGCAUUGGCAUUACCACAGUGAUGACGAAGCAGCGGAUGAAGAGAGAGAACAGCGCCACAUUAGACGACAGCAAACAGGCCGACGAUCAGAACGCGAUGUUCAAUUCGUCGAAGAGCAUGAAGAGGAGGAAUUAUCUAGCGAGAAUGAACACGAGGAAACUCACCGACAGGGCGUAGAAGAGCAUGAGAGUGACGACGAUGAGGAUGAAGUACGACCAGGUCGUCGCAAUGCUCGAGUAGUCGAAGAAGCUGCGUUCUCUUCGGAUGGAGAGGCUGACGUAGAUGCUGUUGAAGAAGAGAAAGAUGACGAGCAGCACGGCACCGCUGAUGUUGUUCGACCUCGUCGGCAAAACGCGAAUAAAAUCGUCGAUAGUGAGGAUGAAGAGGAGGGUACGCCCAACGGCAGCAACGAGGAUGAACCGGGGAUUCAUGUUAGUGAUGUCGUUCGAGGGGAACAUGAUGUACGAGGUAAUAAUGACGGCGAUGAAGCCAUUAAAGAGGACGAAGACGAUGAAGAGGACACACUUUCUCGAGCUACGAGCCGAAAAGUGAAGCGGGAACAGUGGUUGGAGGACGAUGAGUCCGGUGAAGAAGAGGCACAGCCCCACCCAGAUGCAACAUUCUCUCGUAAUGAGGAAGACAGAGUUGAUCAACGAAGGCCACGAAAGCGAGCACGAGGCAGACAAGUUCAAAUCGUUGACGAAGACGACAGUGAUGAUGAAGAAGAGCAGAUGGAACGCUCUAUCAUAGCAGCCAAUUCCGGAUAUGCACACGAAGAUGAAGACGCUGACGAAGACGACGCCAGCGGUUCGCAGCUCCGACGGGUACAUCUUUACGACGAAGAGGACGACGAGCGACACGAAUUUGGAGAUGCUUUUCAAGAAGACGACGCCCCGGACUACCCGGAUGAGGGUGAGGAAAAUGACUUUGAAGAAGAAGAAGAUAACUACUAGUAUUAAGAUUUUUGAGCAUUACCGGAAACGACAGUGACUUCUUCUCGUUUUGGAAAUACAACGUAUAUUCACGAAUUUUAUAAUACGAAUACGAAAC